AUUUUGUUGUUUAUGAGCUGCACACAUCAAACUUCCGCUGCGUGAAAUGGCUUUAAAGCAGUGAGUGUGUCUGACAGUGAACUGCGGUGAAGUGUUGGAACAAGACAGCUACACAGUCACCGUUUAUAAAGAGCAACUCCAACAGCAGAAGGAGUGGUCAGCAUCACCUGCCAAGGCCAAGUCCAGCGAGCUCUGGAUCUCCUGAUUAAACUGAAUCUGAACUUUUCUAACUGAAGAAUCUGAAGACUGACUGCAGAAACAGGGAUGAAGUUUCUCAGUGUGACACUACUGAUUUUCUCUGCAUUAAUAGGGACUACAGCAGAGCAGUUUAAGGUUGUUGGUCCAGAGGCUUCUCUUGUUGUUGAACUUGGUGAAGACCUGGUCCUGCCCUGUUCUGUCCAACCCAACAUCAGUGCUGUGGAUAUGACAGUUGAAUGGCUCAGACCAGAUCUGAGUGAAACUGACAGACUAGUGCAUCUUUAUGAAGAUCAUGAGGACAGAAAUGAGAAGCAGGUAAAAUCUUACAGAGGGAGAACACGACUGUUUAAAGUGGAGCUGCCGAAAGGAAACACCUCACUGAAACUCUCAGCAGUCCAACCUUCUGAUAAGGGAGCUUAUAAGUGUUUUGUUCAGGACAAAUCGACAUCCUGGUACGAUGACGUCACUCUUUAUGUAGAAGUUAAUGUGCGUUUAAAAGUAGUUGGUCCGGAAGCUCCUCUUGUUGCUGAAGCUGGUGAAGAUCUGGUUCUGCCCUGUUCUCUCCAGCCCAAAGUCAGUGCUGAGGGCAUGAAAGUAGAGUGGAUUAGACUGGAAUUGGCACAAUAUAACACAAUAGUGCAUCUGUAUGAAUAUAAUAAAGAAAACAAUAAGCAGCAGAUAGAAUCUUACAGAGGGAGGACAGGUCUGUUUAAAGAAGAGCUGCAGAAAGGAAACACCUCACUGAAACUCUCAGAAGUUCAACCUUCUGAUGAGGGAGUUUACAAAUGUUUCAUUCAGUCAUUUGGCUGGGACGAUGAUGUAACUAUUUAUGUUGAAGUCAAAGGAAAAGGUUUUCAUGCCUGGAAGAUUGCCAUCAUCUGCAUUUCAGUUUUUGCCAUUGCAUCAAUAGUAUUUACAGCUUGGAUCUUAAAAGAUAAAUUCUCUAAAAAGGAUCUCACUCCUGCACAGUGCUCAGCCAUAGCCUACAUGCGUCUCCAUUCAGAGCAUGUGAAGAAAGAACUAAACCUGAAGAAUUACAAAACAUCAGAAGAGGGUUACAAGAGACUCAUCCCAGCCAUCGCAAACUAUAGAAAGGCUCAAUUUGCUGGCUGUAAUCUCUCUGAACUUUCCAUCAUAACUUUGGGUGCAGCUCUGCAAUCAGAAAACUCCUCCCUGAGAGAACUAGACCUCAGUUAUAAUGACCUGGAGGAUUCAGGACUGGAGAAGCUCUCAGAUGGACUGAAGAGUUCACAUUGUAAACUGGAGAUACUCAGACUUAUUUUGUGUAAACUUUGUUAUCAAUCCUGUGAUACACUGAGGUCAGUUUUAGAAUCAGAGAGGUCCUCUCUGAAAGAACUGGACCUCAGUAAAAAUGACUUGGGGGAUCCAGGCGUGAAUCAGCUCUGUACUGGACUGAAGAGUUCACACUGUAAACUGGAGGUGCUCAGAUUAGUUGCCUGUAAUCUCACUGAAAAGUCCUGUGAAUUUCUCACACCAGCUUUACAAACACAGAAUUCUCACUUGAGAGAACUGGACCUAACACACAAUGGACUGCAGAAUUCAGGUGUGAAGGUUCUUUCUGACGGACUCAAGAGUUCACACUGUAAACUGGAGAUACUCAGACUAGGUCUUUGUAAUUUGGGGGAAACAUCUUGUGAAAAUCUGGGAUCAGCUUUAAAAUUUGAAAACUCCUUUCUGAGAGAACUGGACCUUAGUAUAAAUGACCUAAAGGACUCAGGCAUGGACAAGCUCUCUGAUGGACUGAAAAGCCCUUACUUUAAACUGGAGAUACUCAGGUUAUCUGGUUGUUUAGUAACAGAGGAAGGCUGUUCUUCUCUGGCUUCAGCUCUUAAAUCAAACCCUUCCAAACUGAAAAAACUGGAUCUGACCUACAAUCACCCAGGAGAAUCCGGAGUGAAACUGCUUUCUGAUCCACUCUGUACACUUCACACACUCAGGGUGGAGAAUGACGGGGAGAUGUGGAUCAAACCGAGUCUGAGGAAAUAUGUGUUUGAACUCACUCUGGACUCAAACACAGCACACACACAGCUCUCUCUGUCUGAGGAGAACAGGAUGGUGGAGUCUGUGGAUGAGGAUCAGCUGUAUCCGGAUCAUCCAGACAGAUUUGAUUGGUGGCCUCAGGUUCUGUGUGUGGAAAGUUUAACUGGACGCUGUUACUGGGAGGCAGAGUGGAGCGGACAGUUAGCUCUUAUAGCAGUGACCUACAGAGGAAUCAGGAGGAAAGGAGGCAGUAAUGAGUGUCUGUUUGGACGCAAUAAUCAGUCGUGGAGUCUGGAGUGCUCUGAUGAAGGUCACUCUGUCUGGCACAAUAAUAAGGAAACUGUGAUCCCCUGUCAGCUCAUCAGAUCUAAGAGAGUGGGAGUGUAUGUGGACUGGGGGGCCGGCACUCUGUCCUUCUACAGCGUCUCUUCUGAUCCACACACACUCACACACUUACACACAUUCCACUCCACAUUCACUGAACCCCUCUACGCUGGAUUUGAGCUUAAUUCAAACUCCUCAGUGUGUGUGUAUGAGAUAGAAUAGAACACUCCUCUUAAGUGUGUGUGUGUGUCAGAGAGAGAGAGAGAGAG